AUGAGUGGACCUUUUGAUAAGAAGAUUAGCAGCAUUUUGACUGACCUUUCCAGUUGCCAUGCAGGCACUAAAGACUCCCCGACACUUCCUGAAUCGUCUAUCACGGACUUGGGAUACUACAGUACCUCGCAGAAUCAACAUGAAUAUUACCCCAGCCAGGCUUAUGCUCAGCCUAUGAAUCCUUAUGCAUACCACCCCCAAUUUAACUUCAAUGGGAUGGGGGCGACGGGGACAUUCUCCCCCAAAUCUGACUAUCCUUACAGCACUUCAUAUCGGCAAUAUGGAUCUUUCCGGGACCAGCAGCUACCGAGCCAAGAAACAGUUUCAGUGAAGGAAGAACCUGAACCUGAAGUGCGGAUGGUCAACGGAAAACCGAAAAAGAUCCGAAAGCCUCGCACCAUUUACUCCAGUUACCAGCUGGCUGCUUUGCAGAGAAGAUUCCAAAAGGCGCAGUACCUGGCUUUGCCAGAGAGGGCAGAGUUGGCUGCACAACUUGGACUGACCCAGACUCAGGUCAAAAUAUGGUUCCAGAACCGGAGGUCUAAAUUUAAGAAAUUGUACAAAAAUGGAGAGGUCCCCUUGGAACACAGCCCAAAUAACAGUGACUCCAUGGCUUGCAAUUCUCCACCAUCUCCCACCCUCUGGGACAGUAAUACUCAUAAUAACCCAGCCACCAGGAGCCAAAUCCCCCAGCCACUCUCUUAUAUCUCUCCCUCAAGCUACCUGGAAGAUCAGAAUUCUUGA